AGUUGGUUCCAGUUCCAGUGGCUUCCGAGCAUGUCAAGUAGUGGGUGGGAAUAGUUACGGCUGCAAAGACGCGGCUGUGACAUGGACCCGCCAUCCAGUGGCACUGCUAGAGUUGUUGACACUCCAUCGUCAGAGCAGGAGUCACUUGGCAUCAGAACAUUUCAUCCUGAUCAAGCGGACCAAACUGUGGCAGUGGACCGGAAUGCAGAGGAGCUGAGUCACGAUGUGACUGAUGUCAUUUUCCAGACUGUCAUACGAGAGUCACCUGUUUUGUGAAGGAGCAAGCCACGAAGCUGGAGGCUGACUUAGAGACCGCCAAGGGUGAGAUGGAGCUCGCUGCUCUGAAGGAGGAGGAGCUUCAUAGUCGCCUAAAGCAGGCGCAAAGUGCUUCGGAGGAGCUCCGGCAACAAGUAAAGACGUUAAACCAACAGCUUGAGGAAGCCAAUGGACGCUUGGGGCAUUCCAAGGGAGAUGGUGACAGCGAUGUGGUGAUGCUACGUGCAAAGGUCUCAGAGCUGGAGACAGAAGUCUCAGGUCUGCAGCACGAGCUUUCCCUUCGUCAGGCGAGUACUGUGGUGCCUGGUGAUGGCGAGCAAAUGAGCUUCUCUGCGACAGCUUCAGAGGAAACUCCAUUGCUGGGAGCUGCAUAUCAGCAGAUCUCGGUACUGAACACUCAGCUCGCACACCUCUACACCGAGCUCACCAUGGCCCGGACAGAGGCUGCCAGCAUCAGAGCCGAGAAAGAGCAGUUGGAGGCUGAGGCUGAUGGUGGCGGCAACGCAGAGAAGUUGGCAGCAGCGGAGGCAGCCACUUCGGCAGCUCAAGCGGAGAACACCAAGCAAGCUGGGCAGAUUGCUGAUCUGGUCAGUGAUAUUCGGCACCUACAGCUGGACCUCGAGUACCACCAGCAGAAAGUGGACCAGCUAUUGGAGGAGAAGCAGAUGAUGAUGAAAGACAUGAAGUCUUUACAGCAGGAAAUCUCUGAGGCUCGUCAGCAUUUGGAGGAAAAGGACCAGCUGCUGAAGCACCAAGAGGUUGACCUCAAUCACCAUCGUCAGAUGCAACAGCAGAAUGCUCACAGAGGCGAUGAUGGCAUCCUUGAUGCCCUUCGGACAGAGGCUGCCGCAAAAGAUAGUGCUCUGAUUGUUUCGCACUAUGAGCUUCACAAGGAAAAGUUGAUGCGAGAUAGGCUUGAGCAAAAGAAUUUAAAGCUCAUGGAAAGAAUGCAGAAGCUGAUGAUGGUGGUGGAAACAAUGCGGAAAGACAAUGUGAAUUUGGAGCGGACACUGGCUUCCAAAGAUAGGAUGUACGAAGAGAAAGUUGCCCAGCUCCGGAUCAUCAUGCAAAAGCUGCGGCAAGUGCAAAAGAACCAAAAGGGUGAGAAGCCAAAGGGUGCUUCAAAGGCCAAGGCUCCAGUCUUGGAGUUGGAAGGUUCCAUGCAGAACUUGCCUUUGAUCGGCUCUGGUAGACGCAGUGGCUCCGCCGGUGGGCGGCGAAGUGGCCAAUCUACACCUCGAGCCCUCAACGGGUCUCCGUACACCACACGGCCCUGAAGGGGAGACGUAGGCUCGGUGAUCUUGGACAUUGCUGCCCUGUGCGGCCAUUGCACGCUUAAUUUCGCUGCGCUGCCCAUAAUCCAUGGUGCUGUGCUGUAGCCGAGUGAAUGCCCUAGGAAGAUCCUGGCUUCAUGCCACGAGGUGUGGCGCAUGCAUGUGGGAGAAACCUCCGCAGAUGCGCAGCCAAAGUUUGCCUGGACACCCUGGCCUGCAAGCUCUGCAAGCUCCUGUCAUGAGAGGCUUGCCAGUCUGAGGAUCCCAAAAUGCUUUGAAAGGUUUGCCGGACGCAGGGUCUCAUAAUGAUUGUCAGAUCUUGUCUCACUGCCUCAGGGCAUUGGGCCACUGCUCAGGCGGUGGUUAAGGCAACUUUCGGGUUUUACCUGUGCUCAACAGAGAGAGGCACAGUGCUCGAUAACAUCGGCACUUCCUCCCAC